AUGACUAUCAAAGUUGAGGAAGCGCAAAGUGUAGACCACGUGGCAACACUACGUCAGAAGUGCGUCGACUGCUUCCGAGGACCCAACCUGGUGAAGACGGUGGUGGUGAUCGGCUGCAUGGUCGUCGUGGUGCAGCAGAUAAUAUCGUGCAUCCAGAAACUGACGAACAUCCCGAUCACGACGCACACGCACUUCGACUUCAACAAGACCAUCCUCUACCCCAGUGUCACGUUCUGUCGGGAGCCGCCCUAUAAGUAUCAUAAGCUUGAAGAGUAUGGCCUGUACUCUCAUCCUCGCUACACUUCCAUGUGGAGGGACUUCAACUUCUCCCACACUCCUCUCGAUAAACUUUGGGAUGAAAUUACGUAUAAUAAAGACGAUUUCUUUGUUCAGUACGGAUUGGAUUCUUUAAGAGAUAACGUAGAGCUGACAGAAACACUAGGCUUCAUAACGGGUCGGUGCUUCACCCUGACCCCAACCCGCCGGGACAUCCAAGCGUCUAAAGCACGCGGGUACUCCGUGACGCUGCAACACACUGCAGAGGAUAUAGCGACAGCCACUAGUGUGCUGCCCCCGGGGUACCAUGUGCAUAUACAUUAUGAGAAGGAGCCAUAUACUGAGGUGGACGUAUACAACGGCGGUCUGGUGGACUACCUGUACAUCAACACGGGCGAAACGCUGGACGUGAAGCUCACGGUGCAGCUCUACCACAUGAUCAGCGACGACCACACACCCUGCACUGAGGACCCCCACUAUAGCGCUAACUAUUGUACAACACAAUUCGUCUGGGAUGAAUUGGCCAAAGACGUGAACUGCUCCGGGCCGUGGAUGAAGAGUCCGUUGCCCCACUGUAACAACUUCAAUGAUAUGAGGAGACUCAUUUCUUCCUACGUCAACAAACACAUAAACCACGGAUGCAAGACAUGUCCGCGCAUCUGCCGCUCGCUGCUGUACAGCACGUUUGUGACGGACAGGCAGAAGUACUACGCGUGGGAUGUUAGCUCCAACACGUGGUCCACUGCUAUUAGCGAUGUUAAGCUGCAGACACAGAUUUACAUUCAUUUCAACAACAUGAUGGUGUCGGUGUUUGAAGAGAAGUAUAACUACGACUGGAAUCUUUUCCUCUCCGAUCUUGGAGGAAGUGUGGGUUUCCUCUUGGGUCUAUCAGUGCUCGGUCUGAUCAGUAUCUUGGGCACGAUGUGGACGGAGCUGCUCCGCCCGCUGCUGUGCGCGCGGACACCCAUGUAUGGCGACCCGAGCAACACUAGACAUAAUGUUUAUUAGUUUUAAAUUAUAUAAAUAAUUCGAUCAGGGAGGCGGGUAUUGAUGAUUUUUAAGGAUUUGAAUGCUAUAAAAAAUCAAAUUCAGGAUCAGAUAAUAUGUUUUUACUUACCUACAUAGUUUAUAGUGAUAGUCAUAAACACUUUUAAAGUACGUUGUUAUGUAUUGCCACUAAUUUA